GUGUCUAUGGGAGACACACCCAGUUAAGUAAGCCGGAACUGACAAAUAUUCAAUGUUAAAAAGGCCUGACUAAAUAGUCUUUAUUUAUCGACCAUCUUUGGUCUCGACUCUAUGUGGAAAGGUGGUUACUGGACUGUCAAACACUGUCCCGAUUUCUUACUGUUUGUUGGUAGUUACAGUCUUGUUCGGUAGCGCUCUCUACAUCCACCAAGCACAUUUGAGUCGAAGAAGUCUAGCCAGUCUUGUUUUGUAAGGGCGAAGUUGCUCUCUGCAUUGCAGCCUAGUGCUGCUGAUGGAAUUCAAACACACAAUGGCGACUCCCAGCCCCAACAACUCAACAACAUCUACCAGCCACAACAGCAAUAACGCAGGAUCUACAGGCUCACAUCACCACCAAUCCCAGUCGCAACACAUAACAACAAUGAGCAGUAUGCAAGAAUCCAACACGUGCUGGAGAUGUCAGAGUGAAACAGGGUUUCAGAUAAACCUGUCUGGAGCUCCCCCAAGUAAACGCAAAGCACUGAAGUUAAAUUUUGCCAAUCCCCCAAUUAAACCAACGACCAGAUUCACUCUGAAUACAGCAGGACCCCCAUUCCAGAACCCCCACAUAGAGAGGCUGCGUACGCAUAGUAUCGAGUCGUCAGGGAGGUUGAAGACCGCUGGUGGCGAUUGUGACUUCACGGCUGAGGACCUCAAGGACCUGGGGGAGAUUGGGCGGGGAGCUUACGGCUCUGUCAACAAGAUGGUGCACAAGCCCAGCAACCAGAUAAUGGCUGUCAAGAGGAUUAGGUCAACGGUUGAUGAGAAGGAACAGAAGCAGCUGCUAAUGGACCUGGAUGUGGUCAUGAGGAGUAGUGACUGUCUCUACAUAGUUCAGUUUUACGGGGCUCUUUUCAGAGAGGGGGACUGUUGGAUAUGUAUGGAACUUAUGUCUACCUCCUUCGACAAAUUCUACAAAUAUGUAUAUUGUGCUUUAGAUGAUGUGAUUCCAGAGGAAAUAUUAGGCAAAAUAACAUUAGCUACUGUGAAAGCACUUAACCACUUAAAAGAAUACUUGAAAAUAAUUCACAGAGACAUCAAGCCAUCCAACAUCCUCCUGGACAGGAAUGGCAACAUUAAGCUUUGUGAUUUUGGCAUCAGUGGGCAGCUGGUGGACUCCAUUGCCAAAACCAGAGAUGCAGGGUGCAGACCGUACAUGGCACCUGAGAGGAUAGACCCAAGUGCCUCCAGACAAGGCUAUGACGUCCGGUCAGACGUAUGGAGUUUGGGGAUAACACUGUACGAGCUGGCGACUGGGCGGUUUCCCUACCCAAAGUGGAACAGUGUGUUUGACCAGUUGACACAGGUGGUGAAGGGAGAACCUCCACAGCUUACCAACUCAGAAGACAGGCAGUUCUCCCCCAAAUUCAUCAACUUUGUCAAUCUGUGCCUUACAAAGGAUGAGUCAAAAAGGCCAAAGUACAAAGAGCUUCUGAAACAUGCUUUCAUUCUGAUGUAUGAGGAGCGCUCGGUGGAUGUUGCCAGUUACGUCUGCAGAAUCCUGGAUCAGAUGCCUACUUCUCCCAGCUCCCCCAUGUACGUUGACUGACUGUAGAACAAGUAAUAACGGAAGCCUGGAACAACAACAACAAAACAAUGACCUAAAGAGUUGCUUCAUCCCAUACUGCAGUGUUAAACUAAGACAGGAAAUGUACAAACUAAAACACCACGUGUACUAAGACUGGUGAUCAGUCACGUCUGUAUGAUAUCAACAUUCUCACACUUUUCUCUAUCCUACACACACACUUACAUGUAAGUACAACUAGUAACUGAAUGAAUAUACCAUGGUCUUGGUUCAUCUCGAUGUGAGACCAUCUCUAAUGUGGAUACAGUACAGUGAUUUAACAUCUGGAAAUGUAUUUAUAGUGUUUAAUCACUUGUGGAAUAUAUGAUUUGGAGAUACUGGAAUCAUGCUCUUUGAAUCUUCCCACCUCUUCCAUGUAUGUGACUUUAAGAAUUGUGGUUGGUAUCUUAAAUGAAACCUUGCUUCUUAUGUGUAAAGCAAUUUAAAACGUAACAGCAUUGAUGGACAGGAUCAUGUGGCCUCCAUCCAAUGUUGUGAGGGUGCUGCCGUCACUGUGCAAUGGACUUUGUGCUGAAAUAUAAAUAGAGAAAUAAUUGUGCUUUGCAGAGUAACUAAAUGUCUCAUCUAUUUGAGCUUAAAAUGAGCUUAUGAAAUUUAAGGAUGAUGUAUCAAUUUAUUUUAUCUUUCAUCUGACUGUGAAAAUAUGAGUGUACAUUUUUAGCUUGGUGUCACAGAAAAAUGUACGAACUAUCCAACAAAUAAAACCUGUACAGGGAUUUGC